AUGGAUAAUCCUCCUCCUGAUCGUCAAAUCCAUGAUAUUCCAUAUCCUCGUGCAACUUUGUUAACUGAACAGGAACUUUUUGAUUCAUCUUCUGGUUUGCCAUCCAUUAGUCGACUCACAAAACAUUUACAACAAGAAGGUCAUUUGGAUGAAAGAUGUGCGCUACGCUUGGUGGAAAUGGCACGAGCCGUGUUCGAACGCGAACCAAACAUUCUCACAGUCAAACGACCAGUCACCAUCGUUGCUGAUAUUCAUGGACAAUUCUAUGAUUUAUUAACAAUCCUCGCCGCUGGUGGGGAUCCAACGAAAACUCGUUAUUUAUUCUUAGGUGAUUAUGUCGAUCGAGAUCAAAUAUCCUCAAAUAUCAAUCUUCUUCGCGGAAAUCACGAAACACGACAAAUAACAAAGGCAUUUCAGUUCAAACUCGAAUGUGAAAAGAAAUAUGAAUUGAAAACACUCUAUAAUGCAUGUGUGCAUGGUGGAAUCUCACCAGACAUUCAUACAUUGGCAGAUAUUGAAAAUCAACAUUUAUCAGUUGUACACGCCGGAUGA